AUGUUUGUGUUCCGUGUAUUCUCUGUCCGCCAGGUCAGUCUUCAGCUAGGUCUGUCCAGUGCCAGCAUCAGCUUGCUGUUGUGGGAUCUGUGGCCUGUGGUUGAUCACUGCUCUGUCCUCUGGCAGGUUGCCAUCUGGCCAUGGCUUGCCCAGAAGCAGAAAGAACCUUUCCUUGCUGCACUGCACUCCCGCAGCACUGCAGAGAAGGCAGCACAGCACCGCACUACUUUGGUGCAGCAGUGCAGCGCUGCCGCUCCUGUCAAGACUCUGAGGGAAAGAAUCCAACAAGAAUACCGAGAAGUUGUAGAAAGAAGAGUUAUUACAGUCACUGGUAGUCGACCUGAUGAAGAGACUAUUGACCAUUUGAUAGAAACAGGCAAUAGCGAGCAAAUUUUUCAGAAAGCCAUUCAAGAACAAGGACGAGGCCAGGUAAUGGAUACCCUUGCAGAAAUCCAAGAGCGUCAUAACACUGUAAGGGAUCUAGAGAGGAAGUUGCUUGAGUUGCAACAGAUUUUUAUUGAUAUGGCAGUGCUGGUCGAUGCGCAAGGGGAAAUGUUGGAUAAUAUUGAAACCCAGGUUUCAAGUGCCGUGGAUCAUGUUCAGUCUGGGACAGUUGCUCUUCAAAAGGCAAAGAAACUGCAGAAGAACUCUCGCAAGUGGAUGUGCAUCGCCAUAAUUAUUCUCCUGCUAAUAGUCGUCAUCAUUGUUGUUGCAGUGAUCAAGCCGUGGGGCAAAUGAGUCGUAAGCCAAAUCACGUGCCAGUCUCAACGACGUGCAAAUUCCAUAUCCCACGUUCAAUAUCCCACGUUCAAUAUAUUCUUUCCGAAAGCUACAGAUUUGUUCCUGCUGUUUGUCUUACCAAUCUGCAUUCUCGUCUGGUUGUUUAUUUUGUGGCAUGCAUGGUGUUGUUGAGGUAAUAAAAUCAGGCAUGCAGGUUCAAUAGUGAAGCUUGACGCAAUUGAGCCGGAACUUUACUCUCGUUAUUCUCACUCUUUGAUUGAAUUUGAUUGGAUUUAGAAUGUUAGAUUAGACGUCGCUUGAGCUCACAGUUUUGGUUUAGGAGUAAAAGGUUAUAGUAAUUUGACCUGAUAUUAUAAUUAAAAUGUAAAGUACUAAAGUACUAGUUUGAUUCUCGUGUCUGCCAAUGUUUCAUUUCAAGACUAUAUAUGAAUUCGAAUCUCAAUAUUAAUGUUCUA